GGCGACAUGCCCGACCACCGCACGAAGAGCAUGCUCGACAAGCAGUUCUGGAAUGUGUCCGGAGGAGCACUGGAGAACAGCGGAGCUCCCGUCGAGGAGCGCUAUCUUCCGGCUUGGGUGGGAAUCGUUCAAUCUGGACACCAGAAGUUAUCAGAAUUUGAAGCAGGAAUGUUGUACAUGCAAGGUAUCGCUCGGCUUGCUUGCGGCAUUUCCGUGGACAAGUCGCAUUUCGUCUUCAACAGCAUGUCUUAUGCAGCCAAACACCAGGGCCGCCGGGCGCACGUGGACACUUCUUGCGUCGAGGCACUCCAGGCGGCCGAUUUCAAUGUGCAGGUAUCGCGAAGCGGCCCCGUGACGUUUCAGGACGUCAACGACAUGCUGAACCCGUUCGGCGCGCAUCUCGUUCCUGUUAGCGAGGCUAUGUUGAACGGGAACUACAUUGCACUGUUCUACAAGCAGACCACGCAUGUUCGCGUGUGUGACGAGUGCGCCGUGUGGAAUUGUGGUUGCGUACAAGUGUUUCUACGUCGAGACAUAGGUUUGCGGAUGCUUUCGCACUCCGCCGUUAUCUCAAACUUCAUUGCCUACGCGUAUUUACUUCCAGUCCAACAGCCUGCGUGCGUGUCCGAGUUCUUUCAAUACAUUGGCGACAGCGACCCAGGCGAGGCGAAUGACGAACCUCGCGAUUCUCCCCGUGCUUGUUCUGAGAACGUGGAUCUCUCCGAUUUUGAUGCUGGAAUACUGUACAUGAGGAAUCUCGCCUCGCUGGCGUGCAACUUGCAUUUGGAAGAUUCUGCGUUCAUCUUCAAUUCGGAUACCUAUGCUGCCAGAGCUGCAGGACAUCGCCCGUUUCGAGAGACGUGCUGCGUCGAGGCUCUUCAAGCAGCUGGCUACGAUGUUCCGAUUGACAGGAAUGGCCCUAUGACGUUCCAGGAUGCAAAUAACUAUCUCAACUCCUUCGGGACGCGCGUUGUGCCAGUCCAAGAAGCAAUGCUCAACGGAGAUUUCAUGGUCCACUUCCAGUACCAUUUCACGCACGUCCGCGUGAUGAGCACUUGUGCCGAAUGGAACUGCGGGUGCGUGCAGGUGUACCUUACUCGGGAACAGGGUCUGAGAUUGCUUUCGCAUUCGCCUGUGGUGUCCGGCUUCAUACUCCCUCGUCUGCAGCCGUUGCCUGAUAUCUCAGAUGAAGAUGAAGCCUCGUUUGGUUCACCCCGCGGAGGCGGCUACGCUUCGGGCGCGAACGAGGGUGGCACCUCCGCCCCGAGCAUGGGCGAGCGCGAUGCCGAUGACGACGAGGAAGGGCCUCCCGCGCAGGGGCGCGACGGGGAAGAGGCAUCGGCAUCCCACAAAGUCAAAGAGGAGCCCGCCGCCGACGACCAACGCGGCGCCGACGCCCCUGUUCAGCGCAACGGCGGGGAAGGCCCUUCCCCCCCGAAGCGCCCCAAGUACGAUGGCUUCCGUAGCAGGAUCACAUCUGCAGCAAGAUUGGCGGACAGUCUGGGCGACCUCCUUGCCGAGGACGGAGUCGGCGAAGCCAGCCAAUUGCAGGCGGUUGCAGUGGAAGAAGGGCCGCAGCUUUUUCUUCGAGCUCAAAGGCAACUGCAAGAUGUUGCCCCGCUUCUUCCUACCGAUGCCACUUGGGUGGCAAGCGCGAGCGACGACCUGCCGACCACGUUGGCCAAGUGCGUCGCUCGCGAAGACCUGCUCGCUGCUCUUGCCAUGAUCAAGGAGUUGGUGGAUGGCACCAUCACGUCUGGUAAGAUAACGAUCACAGACAAGCUUUUCUUCGUUCUCUUGCGAUACGGCGACGUGUACCGCAGCCACGACGGCGAGUUGUACUUUUACGAUAACUUCAAGAAUCCGAAGGGGUGGUGGGAAAACCGGAAAGAUUCCACCAUCGACAUGCGGCCGAGCGUGAGCAUGGCAGAAGGCAUGCUUUAUUUAAUAUGCGAAGAAGUUCCAGAGGAGCACGUCUGGUGCUGGGACCACGUGAGCCACGCGCUCCAAGAAGCCAUGGCCGCUUCCGUCAACCUUGGCACUUCUUUGGACAAGUUCCCAGACACAUGCCGGCAGAAGGCGAAGCUGAGUUGGGACCGAAAUUUGAAGGAGACCAAAGGGAAAAAGUAUAUGGCCAACAGCCUAGCCAAGCUCGCCGAGAUCUUGUCGAACUUACCAGUUUAUUACGAGCAGGAUUCGUCGAGAGGUUCGAAAUCGGAAAUUUGGAAAGCAUUCACCGCCAAGAUGAACACCGAGAAGCCUCCGUCCCAGGGGUUUGUUUUCGACGACGGGUACAGGGACGUAAACAUGGAGCUGGCUGAACCAGAUCCGCAGCACAACUGCUACUUCCGCGUGCCUUUCAAGUACGAGGAGGCCAACGUUACGCUCGCCGAUUGCCCUGUGGUCCGCGGGAGACAGUAUUCGUUAUCGGACGUAAGGAAGGUAGUUCAUGACUACAUCGAUUCCUUCUUCUACAAGAACGACGGAUACUUCGUGACCUCGUGCGCUUCGACAUACUGCGCCUUCUUCGGCAUCCACGUGCCCGUCAUGAUGGUGGCGAUCGGAGAAGGUGGUGAUGGCAAGGGCGCAUUCGAUAUUCUGGAGUCUUCGCUUUUUGGCAAGCAGAACUCGGCCACCCUCGACCCCGCCAUAUUCGUCGACGACAACGAGUGGCGGAAAAGUGCGCACUUCGGCCUUCACAAGAAGCGAGUGUGCAUUAAAGAGUCGAAAACCCUUUCAGCCAACGUCAGGAUCAACGUGGACGUGCUCAAACGCUUCAUUGCGGGCGAGGAGAUGAUCGUCAGGGCAAACUUCGGAUUCUCCAGCGAAGUUCGUUACAACAAAAUGAAGAAGCAGCAGAGCUGCAAUUACGACGACGUCUCUCCUAUCAUGUCGAUUCCCCGAAGCGUUGCCGCGCAGGAUCUUGAAGUGCGCGGGGAAGAAGGAGCACCCCGAAAGUCCCCCACGGAGUCAGUGGACCGCCGUUAUUUGGCGUCGGCCGUGGGCCUUGCAACGCUGGUUAUCGACAGUAAAGACGUCGACCACGAGAACGGCCGCUUCUUGAAAAUUGCUUCGGAUAUUUUGGAAAAUAUAUUGGCGUGCCCUGCUGGAGCUCACGUGUAUUUCAGAGAGAUUCUACAGCCGACUUGGGAUGCACUCGGGGACACGUCGGCCAUUGUGAGCACACUCGAACCAGAUAAUCUCGAUGAGCACAUGAAGGUGUCCACGCGCUGGUACAUCCAGCGUCUGACCAACCAGCAGUGCGAUCCAAGGCCCAAGUGCGUCAUGGAUAUAUCACCUGGCGCCGCAGGCGAGCGAGCUGGUGGUAGCGAUUCUGAGUGGGACGCCUUAGCUUGCUGCUUGAGAAAAUUAUGGCAGGAAGAGAACAAGAAGAAGCAUGGAGAGGAGCGCAAAUUAGCAAAAGGCAGGGGCAGACAGGUUGGGGACUGGAAAGUCGCGAGAGAGCUAUGCAGUUUGCUCGAUAUUCCAAGAGGUUCGGCUUUCACAAAAUUUGUGACGCUCGCAAAAAGCUGUGGGCCUUUGGCCGAAUACUUGAUCCAGAAGGACACCGAUGUCAAUUUCUUCGGCAAGCAGCAGCUCUAUGCAUUAGUAUUUCCAGUUGAUACUGACAAGAUGUUGAAACUUACCCGGUCUUUUGACAUCCCAGCGCCGACGGCAAGUCCCAGCGAAAGAUGGCUCAUGGGAGCUCGGCCUGAGGAUAAAGACUACCUGUUGUCUGAUGAAGAGCAGGAAUUCCGUCAGGCAAACUGCUCCGUUGUGUGCGCGGUGGCGGACGUCGCGGACAUCAACGGCUUGGUUGCCCACGUCGAUUCUGGCGUCGACCGGCGGCAGGCCCAGAUUCAAGGAUAUUCUCGCUUAUUGGAGAAACGAGGAACCGCAUCCAUGGAAGUCGCUGCAGACGGCGGACAGCGCUCAUUGAGGAGUCUUCUUCGGACCUACAUGAAAUAUGGAUUUGGGCGAAUUCAUACUGCGGGACCUUCACUCCAGAAAGUUACCAGGGAAGCUCGGCGCGCCGCCUUGGCCGGCAUUCCAGGAGGCGUUUUAGAACUCGACAUGAAGGUUGCGUUUUUCAGCUUGUUGGUUGUUGCCUUAAAGCAGCACGAUCAGCUCAACGUCGAAGCAGAGUUCCCGCUUCUGUGCAACGUUGUCAGCAACUGGGACGGAUGGAAGACUUUUGUGUCUAAGUACUUCGACGUCGAGGUGGCCGUCGCGAAGAAGCUGCUGAUUUCGGCAACCAGCCCCUACGGGCGGCAGUCGCCAAAUCCACAGGAGCGGCCUGACUGGCUCCCACACUUGGACUGUUUGCAGACGGAAAUAGUCAAUGCUUCUCGGUUUCUUCUCGAGCACGACGUUCUUUACCAGGAGGUCGCGAAGGCGCGACCAGAUUGCAGCUCGCUGCACAUCUUCCUCGGCGAACUGGAGUGCAGUGUCCUGAUGGACAUGAAGCACCUGUUGGAAGAAGCAGGUGCGGUGCCGAUCUCUUUAGUCUACGACGGUAUUUACUUCAGACCCAUGGGGCUCGACGUGCACGACGAGAACUUCAUCGCACAUGUGUCUGCGAUCGAAGCCGGCCACGGGAUAUCUCUGCAAUUGAAGGAUUUAAGCGGCGCGCCGAUUCCUUGGAGGAGCGCCGCUCCCGAGCCAGGCGACCGCAUUCUAGGCAGCAGUUCCUCUUCUCGGCCGCACGAGGACGACUUCUCUUCCGUCCUGGCGGCUGCGUGCGAGAAGUUGGAAGGCAAGGCGCUCGAGGUUGUCCACGGUGAGAACAUGUGCGUCAUCAGUGCUCUCACAAACAUGGACUUAGUUGCGGGGGAGCCGAGCCAGGCAGGGUUCGCUAGCGGCCCGUACUCUUACCGACAAUUGCAGAAGCUCUACCCCCCUCUCAAGUUCUCCGAGGUACUGCUGAGCGACUUGAUUUGCGCGGAUCCCAUGGAUAAUUUUGUCCUGCAUAUCGGCACACCCGGAACUCGUGGACAUGCAAUUGGUCUUCGUGCCCGCGAGGGGUCGCCGAUGAUGUUGGUUUACGACUCGCGUCAGGAAGUCGUCAUGCAAAUGGGUGACGAGGCUCUAUACGACUUGGUUACUCAUUGGGACGAUGGCCGACGCCACGUUCGCCUGCUCCGAGUGGCUGACGGAGAUGACGGCAAAGUUAGUAUCGAGGCUGAUGUUUUGGAUUUGGUUGCUGGGUCCACUCGGCCGUGCACGAAGAGGCCCAGUGCCUUUCAGUCUUGCAUGCCUAAGCGUGGGAAGGCGCGCAUGGUCAGGAAGAUCGCAAAAAGGCCAGCUGCGAAGCACAAGACCCCAUACGUGCCUUACGUUCGACACGGGCAAAAGACUAUUAAAUCUCGCCCAGAACGGAUUGCAAUCCAAUGUUCCCUGAAGACCGUGUACACCGCCACUGCGAUGGGCCUAGUGAAGAAGCUCACCGCGAGCGGCCAUCUUCGCGAUUGGCGCGGCGAGAUCUGCCCCUGGUGCGGGGAGGGGGAGUUGGGCCCAUUGAAGAAUUUUCCAGGCAGGAGCGCGAGCUACCGAUGCAGGAGCAAAAGGUGCCAGAAGUUUGUGCUGCCCCAUCACGACCAUCCUGUGUUUUCACAUGGCCGGGGCAACGCAUCAGCGCCAUUCGCGGACAAGGUAGCUGUCUGCAUGCGUGCGACCUGGGAUGUGGCACAGAGCAAGUGCCACCAGAUAACUGGUAAUAGCCACAAGCUCAUCGAGAAUGUCUACACUCGCCUUGACAGCGCCAGGAUGAAGUAUGUAAAGAAGAAGGAAAAGAGCAUCAAGUUCGGCGCUAUCGACAAGUGGCCGGACGUGGAGGCGGACGAGGUGGACCUGGGCAAGAGGGAUGAUGCGGAGAAGGAUGACCAGGACAAGCCAGUGCAAUGGGAACAAUGGGGAGGAUUAGUCGAGCGGGGCAGGCCGAACACUUUGGUCCUGACGCGUCUUGAUCCAUGCACGACGAAGCGGCGUGCUCCAGGGCCUGGCCCAAUCCGCAAACGCGACUGGAAGCCUAUUGCCAAGCGACACCUUGAGAACCGAGAGGUCGUGCUGCACACAGACGGGGCGAAAGCGUACAAGCUCAAGAUCCCGAAGGUUCUGCACGACAAUGUUGUCCACAUGAAGAAGAAGGUUACUCUGCGAGGGGUGACACGCUGGAUCAAGCCGAAAUACUCUGAGGUUGUGGCCCACAGAUUGCCGACUGGCGAGCAGAUAUACACUAAGUCGGGAACGCAGAUCAUCGAUCGAUUCUGGUCGCAUCUGCGGAAGCAUUUGCAAUCGCGCACGCACAGGGUUGGCACCCUUGCCGCAACGCGCCGCAUUCGUUCCGCCCAGUGGACAUACUGGAACAAAGGUGCGGAUUUGUGGGCUUGCACUGGUGAAAUGCUCAAGAGUCUUUAUUAA